AUGACAGUCUCCGAAUCAGAGCCCCUGAUUAGGCACCACAAGCUGCUGCAGUCCUACUACGCCUCAUUGGAAUCAAGGAUUGGCUACCGUUUUAUCUUAGGCGGAACUCGACAUUUUGGGUACUAUGAUACUGAUACCUGGUGGCCUUUCCCUAUUGGAAGUGCUCUCCGGAAGAUGGAAGACCGCCUUUUUGAAACGCUGAACCUGCCACCGGGUUCCACUGUCCUCGAUGCUGGCUGCGGCUAUGGCCACGUUGCAAUCCGAAUGGCCCAAGGAGGCCUCAAAAUUAGGGCUAUUGACGUUAUAGAUCGACAUAUCGCCCAUGCUCGAAGUAACGCCGCUGCGGCGGGGCUUGAAAAAGCCAUUACUGUUCAAAAAGCGGAUUUUCAUCACCUCGAUGAUUUUCGGUCCGAGUCUUUGGAUGGCGUGUACGCAAUGGAAACUACAGUACAUGCGACAGACGCGAGAAAAGUGCUGAACGAGUAUUUUCGAGUACUAAAACCCGGCGGCUCUAUUGCCCUAUUCGAAUAUGAGCAUUCCGUCCCUCCAAACGCACCAGAGGAGAUGGUCAAGAUGUUCGGACAAGUCAACAAGUAUGCCGCAAUGCCCGCAAACAUCGAAUUCGAGGAAGGAACUUUCCCGGCACUCCUUGAAGAGAUUGGUUUCCAAGACAUCGAGGUAUCCGACUUGUCAGAAAAUGUGAAGCCGAUGUUGCGCCUCUUCUUCGUCCUUGCGUACAUCCCGUAUCUGAUAAUCAGAUGUUUCGGACUUGAGGCACGUUUCAUCAACUGUGUUGCUGCAAUCGUUGCCUAUCGGUAUUUCAGUUUUCAUCGAUACGCCGCGGUUCGUGCUUCCAAGCCCACUUCCGGAAACACGCGCCCUGUUGAGCCCAAGAAGGUUCAAUAG